AUGGAGUCACAACCGGUCGAGGAUAUCCUCGAGCAGAGCUAUCGGAAGUUUACCCAAAUUCCUCCCGACUUCCACCUUCUCUGUCCCAAGGUUGACGAGGAUGAUUUUGAGGACUACGACGACCUGAACACUGAUGGCGAAGAAAUCACAGCUCUAGAGAAGCAGGAGAGGGUAGAAAAAUGGAAGGAGCGGCUCGACAUCGCCUACUGGACUAGUCUUCUCCUUGCCUAUGGCAAAGAUAAGGCUGGUGUCUGGCUCGACGCCUGGGGCAGCCGGAUGGCUAUUAACCUCCACAACUGCGACAAGUGCGUCCUCAACUGGCACAUGUACCGGAAGAAGUAUCUUCAGGUCUUUUCUGAGAAAUGGCCAGAGGAAGCCGUCGCUGGUAUCGAGAACUGCCUCCACCGCUUCGAUUUCGACCGAAUCGAUAAAGGUCUUCAAUGGGCCAAGGACAUCAUACUGAAGGUGGAGAAUGAGGGCCGCGCCUUUGCGAGAAGCGACUUGGGCGAAGAACAGGGCGCAGUUUUGCUCACUGUUUACGAGGCUCUAUGCUGUAUGGCAUACGUCAGCGUGCCGGAGAAAAGAACUCUGUUCCAGUUCGUCUUCGUCCGCCUCUCUGGCAAGAAGCCACUGAAGCUGGGUGAAAACGUCCUGCUCCCUGCCAUGACCCAGUUCCUCUUUGGAGAAGACAAGGUCCGCCUCCAAUUCGCUGAAAAGUCAUGGGAGCGCCUCCGGCCAAAGUCUUUGACACAGGAGCAAUUCAACUGGGCUAUCCACGACAACUUGGUGGUAGCCAUUCAGUCAGUUUCAGCACUCAACCCCAGGGAUCCCGCAUCCCUCCCGGAGAUCGAGCGUUUCUGGAAAGCUGUCAACUGGAUCAUCAAGACCUUGGACGAGAAGCUCUUGUUGCACGGAAUUCGGGGUAUGGAGAUCAAGCCGAGCAUCUACGACUUGCUCUUCGUUCAUAUGCAGUGCGAGUCGGAGGCAAUCCUGCUGCUCAUCAUCCAAGCGUUGACUGUCCUGCUCGAAACGUCACCACAGGCUUUCUGGGAUACCAUUGGUGACGCGAGACCAUUCGUCGUCAUUGAGCAGCUCCUCUCCCAGCCUUUGUUCAAGCAGCUUCUUGCGCAAUCUUUGACCUUCGCCAUCAAGUAUGACGAUGGCACGGGCAAAAAUGACUCGGUCGAGUCAAUAACAACUUCGUGGAUCAACACAUGGAUUGCCUCACUCAAACGUCAGCAAAAGGGCGAUGCUUGCGAACAGUUGCUUCACCUGCUUUUCGAACAGGUCAUCCACGACGCCAGAAUUGGCGAGCAAGGAAAGGCCGCUUGUAUCAGGGCUGGCUUAGACGCUCUAGACCAUGUUCUGCGGUCGUUUUUGGACCCUACAAUUGAUGUCAUCUCAGGCACCACAUCUGUCUACAUCAACACAAUUCUCAACGUCACUCUCAAGUACAAGGACAUCAUCAACGAUGGAGCGGAUACUAGGAGCACAGAUCAACACACACUCGGUGUGCCCAAAGCAGCCAUGAGCGUUAUCAGUGCCGCCUUGAGCUUGGACUCUAGAGUAACCGCCGAGGAGCAUCUCGAACUCCGCAAGGCUACGCCUAAGCCAAUCCAGACGGCCGUCACCCGCAAAUCGGCAGACUUGUGGGACGGGUUUCUGGAAAACCUUUACGAAGGCAAGCUCGUCCUAGCCAAGACCAUGCUCAUGGCCAUGGCUCCUCUGAUCAACGUUGAGAGAUUCCAUCCCAAUAGGAAGGAACCUGAGAAGUUGGACCCGGCGAAGAAGAGCUUCAACAACCGUUUCCACAUGGUCGCGGAGGCACUCGGACGUGUUCUACAGCGAAUGUGCGAGUUCACAUCCCCACAACUCAACGAGCUGUGCCUUAUGGCCCAGAGCAUUCGGCCCAUCAUUGCUUUCACAGUCCACGGCGAGGACGAAAUCAGCAGUGCUAGUGCCGAACUUAUCAAGUUAAUUACCGAACAGCCUUCCAAAGAAGACGCACUCACCGUUUUACUUGAACGAAAUCUCAGCACCACUCUCUCUUCCAUGAUUUUCGCAAUAAGAAGAAUCAUGGAGCCGGCACAUGCUGCAUGGGGACCCGCUCGCAAUAUUAUCAACACCGCCAAAGUCGUGCUCUCAGGCCUCAGUGAUCUUUCGUCUGGCAUCCUCAGAUCCAAAACUUUGGAUAGCAAUGAACAGAUCGCCGUCACUGGCUGGUGGGUUGCCCAUUGGAGAUACAUCGAAGUCGCAUUCACGUCUACCGGCAAUUGGUCUCAUCUUGCCGAUAUCAAAGUGAUGCAAGACUUUUGUCGCGAUGUCAUCGAGCUGGCAGACGGCAUGCUUGCCCAGGAUGGUCUCUUUGCAUCGGCGCUGCAAGCUACUACCUCGCAGACCGAUGCGAAGCAGGCAAAGCCGAAAGAGGAAGAACUGACCAAGAUGCAACAGCUUCUGAAGGAUCCUCAGCGCCAUCUCUUUGGCAUUGUCAGGAUGCUUCGCCUGAGGGAUACCUACCUGGUUGAAGUCACGGUCAAGGUUGUGGCCAAGUUACUGACGAGACUGCGCGAGAAUUCAAUCGACAUCCCCAGUGACUCUAAAAAUUACGUCCAAGACUCCUGCAUCAAGUUAUCGACGACCGGCCGCUACCCAGUCACUACCAACAUGAACGACCAACAGCGUGCCGAGCUUCUGAAAGCUCUGGGUGAAGAUGAUGACAUUGAAAUCAUCCAGAUCCAGCCGGUUUCUAAAGAGAAGCCAAAGAAACAGAGUUUUCUCGAUGCCUGGUCCAAGUCUGGUUCUUCAACGCCAACGUCCCAGGCCGUUCGGUCAAACAAGGAUGACGUUCUCGAACUCAGCAGUUCCGUCGACAAGAAAAGAUCAAUCUUGGACCAAAUGGCUGCUCGUCAGAAAGCGUCGCCAGCCAUUCCCCGCAUGGCCGUCAAGCCCAAGCUCGAGCCAGUGGUCACUCAAGCAUCAAAGAACGCCCUCAUCGAGUCGCGCAAGAAAGCCAAAUUGGAGAAAGCUAAGAGAGAUGCCGAUGAGGUUGCAAGAGUUCGCGCUCUCCGGGGAGCCGCCAAUGUGGGUGAGGGCUCGGGGCUGAAGGGACUUAGUGGUGUAGUUGGCAAAGAACACACAACGCAGAAGAGUCAAAUUCUGGUCGACAGCGACGAGGAAGACAAUGAUGAUUCUGGAGAUGAGGAUCUCAACAACCUCAUUAACAAGGGACAACAAGGCCAAAUGGCAGUUGAUGAAGCCCAAAGACGUCGCGAACGGGCACUGCUCGAAAAGACGCGGGGCCCAGUCAAGAAGGUAAAGGUACAACGCUCUGCCAAGGAUAUGCGUGCGCGUUUGAUCCCCCCGAUGGAUCAACUUCAUCAAGCCAUCCUGGAAUGGGACAUCUUCCACGAGGGCAAUGAUCCGCCCUCGACAUCGUCCUCAAUGGCGAUUACACGGGUUGCAAGCUCAUAUGCUCACCCUCAGGAGUACAAGCAGACCUUUUUGGGUCUCCUGAUUUCCGAAGCCUGGCGAUCUUUUGUGACUGCCAAAGAUGAGUCGACGUCUAAGCCGUACGGACUCAAGAUAGCGUCUCGCAUGAAUGUUGAUAAAUUCCUUGAAGUGACUGCCAGCAUUCCCAAGAUUGAGAGCAAGGAAAGGCUGCUAUCAGAGGGCGACAUUAUUCUGGUGUCAACAAGCACUGAUCCUCUGACGGACAAGUCUGAAGCCCAUGCUCUGGCAAGAAUUUGGAAAACAACGUACAAGAAGGAAAGGCUGGAAGUGACAUACCGCUUGAAUAGCAAGAAUAACCCCUUGCUUGCCAUCAAUGCCCUCGGUGUUGGCGCUGAACUCCAAGCCGUCAAGAUCACCAACAUGACGACUAUUGAGCGAGAGUAUGCAGCCCUUGAGAGUCUGCAGUACUACGAUCUCAUGCUUGAGGUCCUCAAAGCCGAGCCAUCGCCCAUUUUGAAGUACGGCGACGAGGCCGUCAAGGGCGUCAUGCAAAAUUACCAGCUCAACCCUGGUCAGGCCAAAGCCAUUCUCGGUGCUAAGGACAACGAUGGCUUCACCUUGAUUCAAGGACCUCCCGGUACGGGUAAGACGAAGACAAUUGUGGCCAUGGUCGGUUCGCUGCUCACCGGCAACAUCCAACCCCCUGGAACGGCCAUCAAGCCCAAGCUUCCUACCCAGGGCCAAGCCGCCAUGCCGAAGAAGCUUCUGGUAUGCGCUCCCAGUAACGCUGCUGUAGACGAGCUGGUGUUGCGUCUGAAGCAGGGCGUCAAGACGAUGACCGGGUCUUUCCACAAGAUCAAUGUGCUUCGUCUGGGAAGAAGCGAUGCAAUCAACGCCGCCGUCCGAGACGUCACUCUCGAUGAGUUGGUCAAGAAGAAACUCGAAGGAGACACCACGCAGAACAAAGCCAAGGAGGAACGCGACAAGAUGCAUAACGACGCGGCCAAAAUCAGAGACGAACUGGCGGAGCUUCGACCCAAACUGGACGAGGCGCGCAAAAACGGUGACCGCAAUCUUUCGCUAGCCCUGCAGCGAGCUUUCGAUCAGUUGAAGCGUGCUCAGAUUAAUAUUGGAGCCAAGAUUGACGAUGACAAGACGAGCGGCAACACAGUGAGCCGUGAAGCAGAGAUUCGGCGCCGGCAAAUCCAGCAAGAGAUUCUUGACGGAGCUCAAGUUCUCUGCGCCACGCUCAGCGGUAGUGGUCACGAAAUGUUCAAGAACCUCAACGUCGAGUUCGAGACGGUCAUCAUCGACGAGGCCGCGCAGUGUGUUGAGCUCAGCGCCCUGAUUCCAUUGAAGUACGGCUGCACCAAGUGUAUCCUCGUCGGUGAUCCGAAGCAGUUGCCACCCACUGUGCUUUCUCAAUCCGCCGCUAGAUUUGGAUACGACCAGAGUCUGUUCGUCCGAAUGCAGCAAAAUCAUCCCGACUACGUCCAUCUUCUCGACCGCCAAUACCGCAUGCACCCCGAGAUCAGCUUAUUCCCCAGCUUGGAAUUCUACGAAGGCAAGCUUGUGGACGGAGAAGAUAUGAGCGCACUCCGUCGCCAGCCUUGGCACGCAAGCGCCCUGCUUGGCCCCUACCGGUUCUUCGAUGUCGAGGGUACCCAGUCGAAGGGCAGCAAGGGCCGCUCUUUGGUCAACCACUCCGAGUUGAAGGUUGCCAUGCAGCUUUACGAGCGAUUCAAGACGGAUUUCGGACGAAACUACGACGUGCGCGGCAAGAUUGGUAUCAUUACGCCGUACAAAGCUCAGUUGCAAGAGCUGAAGUGGCAAUUCUCGCGUCGUUACGGAGAGUCGAUUACCGAGGACAUUGAGUUCAACACCACGGAUGCCUUCCAGGGUCGCGAGUGCGAGAUUAUCAUCUUCUCUUGCGUCCGAGCUGAUCCUACCGGCGGCAUUGGUUUCGUCAAGGACAUUAGGCGUAUGAACGUCGGUCUCACCCGUGCUAAAUCCUCUCUGUGGAUUUUGGGAGAUUCCAGAGCCCUGGUGCAGGGAGAAUUCUGGAACAAGCUCAUCGACAACGCCAAGCAAAGAUCACUCUACACCAAGGGAGAUGUCAUGUCAAUGUUGCAGAAGCCGAGCGUUCUGCAGGCGCUCCCCCCUCCGCCGAAACCCGAACAGAAGAACGACCUUGAUGUUGAGAUAGUAGAUCAGCUCCAGAUCAAAGACGUUGAUAUGGCAAGUGUGGCGCCUACGGCCCAGCCCCGAAAGCCGUCUCAGCCGGCCCAGCAACCACCUACAAACUACCCAGUCCCGGAGCGUCGACCAGGCUCCUGGGAGGGAAACAACCGAGGCGAAGCACACCAAUCUGCCGCCCGAAACUCGGAUCGACCACCAAUCAUCCAAUCAUCUACGGCGAAGCAAGAGUCCAAGAAGAGACCAUCUGAUGCCAAUGAAGGACAGCGUGGCGCAAAGAGGGUAUGUGACGACACAAGCAGUGAUAUUAGCAGACACUCUUCCUCGGCAAUUCCUAACACAACAAUUAUAGAUGGCGACCGAACAGAACCGGCUGCCCAACAGACCGCCACCGACGGGACCCAAAGCUAUGAUCCAGGCCAAGGAGCCGAAGGCACCAAAGCCGGCGAAGGACCCUUCUGCCAUGGUAGCCCUCGGUCUGACACCAGCUGCACGACCGCCGGCGAUGGAGACGACGGCAUCGUCUUCGAGGACGUUGCCUACCAACUCUUCACUUCCUCAGAACCGUAA